AUGGGAAGAGUUAAACAUGCAGAUAAGCUGUUUGAGAAAAUGCCUGAGAAGAAUGUAGUUAUUUGGUCAAUCAUGGUCCAUGGUUAUUCUAAAAAUGGGCUACACAAAAAAUCAGUUGAAUGCUUCACCUCAAUGAGAAAUAUUGGUUUAAUGCCAAAUUCAUUCACCAUUGUAGGUAUUCUUGUGGGGGUCUCAGAAUUGAGGGACUUAAUACUUGGUCAAUCAGUUCAUGGACUGAUAGUGAAGUUGGGGUGGGAAGAUAAUUCAUUUGUGGGCACUUCCCUUCUUGAGGUUUAUGCAAAAUGUGGAAAUAUCAGUGACUGUAGUAAGAUCUUUGAGAACUUAAAAAGUCAAGGACUUGUUCCAUGGAAUGUAAUGAUCAGUGCAUUUGUACAUAAUGAACUCUUUGAAGAGGCUUUCUUGUUAUUUAAUAGGUCUCAGAAGUCUGGUUUGUUUCCUGAUUCAAUGACAGCAUUGGCAUUGAUACAGAGCUGUGUGGCUAUGGAAUCUAAAUGUCUUUGUGAAUCAGUUCAUGCUAUGGUUGUUAAAUUUGGUCUCGUGUCGUAUGUACAGGUCAACAAUUCACUUCUUUUUCUGUAUUCUAAUUUGAUGGAGUUACCUGCUGCUUGGGAAAUUUUCGAUACAAUGGAAGAGAAAGAUCUUAUCAGUUGGUCAACAGUGAUGACUUUACUGGUUCACCUUGAAUAUGCUUCGGACGCUACAAAGCUUUUCUUCCAUAUGAGAGAUUCAGGGAAUGAUUAUGACAACCUCAUCUUAAUGAAUCUCAUUUCAGCUUGUGGAAUUUUGGGGAACUUGAAGAUGGGAAAAUCUGUUCAUGCUCAAGUAAUAACUCAUGGUUUUGGAUCAGAUCUUCCUCUACUUAAUACAAUUAUUACUAUGUAUGCAAGAUGUGAGGACUUGAAUUCUUCAACAACUGUUUUCAAUCAAUCAAAAAUGAAGAGUAUGGUAUCGUGGACAUCUAUCAUUUCAGGACUUUUGCAUAAUGGAAGGCCGAGAGAGGCACUAGGUAUGUUCAUUCGCGUUAGAAUUGAAGAAAAUGUCAUCGCUGAUUCGGUUGUUCUGGUGACUGCACUAACUGCUGUUAGUGAAAUGGUUGCUUUAGAACUCUGCAUGCAGCUUCAUUGCCAUACUAUAAAAGCUGGGCUUACAAAUUAUACAAGUAUUCAAAAUUGCCUCAUAUCAACCUACUCAAAGUGUGGGAUUGUUGAACUUGCAAACAAUGUUUUCGUGCAAAUGGCAUCUUUUCGCGAUAUUGUAUCAUGGAAUGCUAUUAUAAACGGGUAUGGUAUCAAUGGCCACGGAGAAACUGCUCUCUCCCUUUUCGAUGAGUUGAGAGAAAGGGGAGGAAUACCUGAUAGUGCAACUUACUUGAGCAUUUUAAGUGCUUGUAAUCACUCAGGAUUGGUUAGUGAUGGUUUGUUGAUUUUCAGUCAAAUGAUAGAAGAAAAUAGAAUCAGAGUGAGUGCAGAACAUUAUAGCUGUGGAGCUAAUUUACUUGCUCGAGCAGGUUAUUUACCUGAUGUAAGUAAGUUCAAGGAUGGAGAAGGUAAGGCUAUUUGGAGGGCUAUAUUAAACGGAUGUGUGCAUAAUGGUGAUUUAAGAUUAGCAGAAUUUGCCGCGAAAAAGUUUGAUGAGCUGAUUCAGAAAGAUUCUGGUCAGCUUGUGUUACUCUCAAAUCUUUAUGCAUCAGUUGGGAGAUUUCAGGAUGCAGAAGCCUUGAGGUUGAGCAUGGAGACCGAGAAACUGAUUAAAGAUCCAGGAUUCAGCAUUCUCACUGGAAAUCUAUAG